GCGCACAGCGACAACGACGCAGGGAGGAGGGGGAGGAGCAAGGAGAAGAGGAGGGGAUGCGGAGGGCAGGACUGCUUCCUGCGACGUGUGCAAGGUGUCGAAGUGGGAGUCUGAAGCCUACAACUGCACCUGCGCUCAGGGCUACGUCAUCAUGGGCCCCGAGACGUUCGGCGUCGCCUGAGAAGGCCCCGUUCGCGAACCACGUCCUGAAGCUCCUGCUGGAGACCCCCGUCGCUGGCCGCCUGCGCGCUGAGGAGUGCACCCUCGGCAGCUGCGAGCACUGCGAGCACUGCGUCCUGCUGCAGCAGGCCGCGUCGUACAUCAUCUUCACCUUGGGCUCCGAGUUCUUCGACUUAGGUCCUGUCGCUGCCGUCCGCGGGGGUCAUGGCGAUCGUGCCCGCCGUGCCCGCGAUCUGGGAGUGGCAGAGCGAAACGUACGAGACGGUCCAGGAGCCUUCUUCUGGUCGCUGCACGGUGCCACGCUGGCGGAGGGCAUGAAGGCCGCCGGCACCCCCGCCGAGGAGAUCACGGAGGGCUUCUGCAGGGAGCUCAUCCAGGAGGUCAGCGGCAUCUCCGAGCAGCUGCUGAAGGACGUGAAGUGCCUUGGGAAGAUGGCCGAGAAAGCAGUCGCGCCGCCGAAGAUCUUCACCGUCAUGACGGCCUGCGGGGGGGGGAUAGGGAGCGGCAGCGAAAAGGCCCGAAUGGGCGGCCGUGGAGGCGGCUGCAAUCGCAGCGCCUUCCUGUUAGAAUCUGAGCGGCGCGCUGUGGCCGACGCACGUAGGAAAUGAAGUGCGGGGAGCAGCGGUGUGACGGCGCAUGGGAGAGGGCCGCAACGUAAGAUGAGGGUGG